AUGGGAGAAGAAGCUGUUUGUUUGCAAGCAUUGGAAGAUGGAAUGACAGAAAUUACCGAGGUUCCGAAGGUGGAACUGAAACGUGAGUAUCACCAAUGUGUUGCCGAUACUGAACUACCCAACGUUUCUCCGAAUAAAAAACAAGCCAAAGAGGUUUCUAAUGAUGAAGUGCGUUCUGAAGUUUCGAAUCCCAAUGUUUUUGCAACAGAACACGCACUAACCUUUCAUGAUAUCAGUAGCCAACCCACAGAAAUGGCAAACGUCAACCAUGCAGAAUGUGGUGAACUGACGUCUACUUGUUUGGAGAAUUCUAGUUCUCAUGACACUUUUAGCGAUGAGGCCGUUGAUAAGAAUAACGAUAAUAACAAUAAUACUUCUCUGUAUGAUAAAAGUACUAGUAGUAAGGAUGCGGUGAUGUCCCGUGUUGUGAUGGAAAUCCCUAAGCAUGUUAGUUCAACUGGGAUUAGAAAAAUUACUUUUAAGUUCAGUAAAAAGAAGGAGGACUAUGAUGGUCAAACACCUGCUGGCUAUACUGAUGGCUAUGGCAAUGGCUAUCAUGGGGAUGAUGAAUAUUUGGCAAAGGAUGAUUAUAAUAGUGGCUUGUUAGAGAGCUCAUAUGGCACGCGAUAUGUUCCUGAUGGAUAUUUGGAAUCGUAUUCUCGUAAUAUGGAAUUGAAAAUGUCAAAGAAAGUAGUCCCUAACUGCUUCCCCACAAAUGUCAAAAAGCUCUUAUCAACGGGUAUCCUUGAUGGAGCUGCAGUGAAAUAUAUUUACAACCCUGGAAAGGUUGAGCUGGAAGGGAUUAUUGGUAGCGGUGGAUAUUUGUGUGGCUGUUCAAUGUGCAGUUACUCUAGAGUGCUCAGUGCCUAUGAGUUCGAGCAGCAUGCCGGUGCUAAGACUAGACAUCCAAAUAAUCACAUAUUCCUAGAAAAUGGAAAACCAAUUUAUAGCAUUAUACAUGAAAUAAAAACUGCUCCAAACAGCAUGCCAGAUGAGAUUAUAAAGAAUGUGGCCGGUGCAUCUAUCAACGAGGAAACCUUCCAGGUUUGGAAAGAAAGUCUUCUAGAAAGCAACAGGAAGGUUCCUGCUCAUAAAAAUUACAUUACAAAGUUUACUGGCAUGCCUCAUACAAACAACAGUCAAUCUAUAGAAAGUGAAAGCCAUUUCUUAUCUUCGCGUGCACGGAAUCAUUUUGAACAACAAAUGUAUGUGAACCAGACAUCGGAUGAGUGGAAACGUGUUGUGAAGAAGCCAAGCACCUACACUCACACCUCAGGUAUACUGCAGAAGAGAAGUACUGAUGGUUGCACUAAGAAAAGGGACAAUGAUUUGCACAGGUUACUUUUUCUGCCUAAUGGCCUACCAGAUGGUGCUGAGUUGGCUUACUAUGUCAAAGGACAGAGAUUACUUGGAGGUUACAAACAAGGAAGUGGUAUAGUCUGCAGUUGUUGUGAUAUAGAGAUAAGCCCUUCACAGUUUGAAGCCCAUGCUGGAAUGGCAGCUAGACGUCAACCUUAUCGCCACAUAUAUACUUCCAACGGAUUAACGCUUCAUGAUAUAGCUCUCUCUUUGGCAAAUGGUCAAAACCUUACUACGGGAGAUAGUGAUGAUAUGUGUGCAAUAUGUGGAGAUGGAGGAGAUUUGGUUCUUUGCAAUGGAUGUCCUAGGGCCUUUCAUGCAGCCUGCUUGGGUUUACACACUGUACCCGCUAGUGGUUGGCAUUGUCUAAAUUGUAAAGAUAACGCUGAUGAUGAAAGAGGUGUGAGACCCAUCAUGAUACGGUUGACACGAGUUGAUAAAGAACCAGAAUAUGAAAUGGGUGGAUGCGUUGUUUGCAGGGAAAAUGAUUUCAGUGUUGAUAAAUUUGAUGACCGAACAGUAAUAAUUUGUGAUCAGUGUGAGAAGGAGUAUCAUGUUGGUUGUUUGCGGGACAUUGGGCUAUGCGAGUUGGAAGAGCUUCCCAAAGAAAAGUGGUUUUGUUGUGAAGACUGUAGUCGAAUAUAUGUGGCUCUACAGACUUCAGUUUCUGCUGGAGCAGAUACUAUACCCACUCCCUUGUCUGAACUAAUAAUCAGGAAGCACAAGGAGAGGGGGUUGUGUACAUAUGGAUUCAUGAAUGAUAUUCAGUGGAGAAUUUUAAGUGGAAAAAGUCGUUAUCCAGAGCAUUUACCGUUGCUUUCACGAGCUGCUGCAAUUUUUCGAGAGUGUUUUGAUCCCAUUGUCGCAAUAUCUGGCCGUGACCUGAUUCCUGUUAUGGUCUAUGGGAGAAAUAUAUCUGGCCAAGAAUUCGGGGGAAUGUAUUGCAUUGUUUUAAUUGUGAAUUCUAUUGUAGUAUCUGCCGGGCUUCUCAGGAUUUUUGGCCGCAAUAUUGCUGAGCUUCCCCUGGUAGCUACAAGUAGAGAGUAUCAAGGAAAAGGUUAUUUUCAAGUGCUAUUCUCUUGCAUAGAGAGGUUGCUGUCUUCUCUAAAUGUAGAAAAGCUGGUUCUCCCUGCUGCAGGGGAUGCAGAGUCAAUUUGGACUAAGAAAUUAGGCUUUCACAAAAUGAGUGAAGAUCAGUUAUCCAAACAUCUUAGAGAGGUGCAGCUCACCCUCUUCAACAAAACUUCAGUGCUGGAGAAGACUGUGCAGCUUGCGACAGAAUGA